UCGGCCCUGUUUAUAGCGUCACUGGACACGCGUCUCACGUUUUGGUAGCUGUGAGGCCUGUUUAAUCGACAUCGAGUGCCUUUCCAUCGCCUAUUUCAGCUUAUUUUCUCUGCAGAAUCUUUCAAAACAGAAAAUAUGGAAGUAGCUCCAGUUCCCGUUAGGAAGCGUCUCAUGAAGGACGAAGACAUGACCAAAAUAGAGUUCGAGACCAGCGAGGAGGUCGAUGUAACACCUACCUUCGACACAAUGGGCCUGCGGGAGGACCUACUUCGUGGGAUUUACGCUUACGGUUUUGAGAAGCCGUCUGCAAUUCAACAGAGAGCAAUUAAACAGAUAAUUAAAGGCAGAGAUGUGAUUGCACAGUCUCAGUCUGGUACUGGUAAAACAGCAACUUUCUGUGUCUCCGUGCUGCAGUGCUUGGACAUUCAGGUCCGCGAAACCCAGGCAUUGAUCCUGGCACCAACCAGAGAGUUGGCAGGACAAAUACAGAAGGUGCUCUUGGCUCUUGGUGACUACAUGAAUGUGCAGUGUCAUGCAUGUAUUGGGGGGACAAAUGUUGGAGAAGACAUCAGGAAACUUGAUUAUGGGCAGCAUGUUGUUGCAGGCACCCCAGGACGUGUUUUUGACAUGAUUCGCAGGAGAAGCUUGAGAACCCGUGCUAUCAAAAUGCUGGUUCUUGAUGAAGCUGAUGAGAUGUUAAAUAAAGGUUUUAAGGAACAGAUCUAUGAUGUAUACAGAUACUUGCCUCCUGCCACGCAAGUUUGUCUGAUCAGCGCUACGUUACCACACGAAAUCUUGGAGAUGACUAACAAAUUUAUGACUGAUCCAAUCCGAAUCUUGGUCAAACGUGACGAGUUGACGCUGGAAGGCAUCAAGCAGUUUUUCGUUGCUGUAGAAAGAGAGGAAUGGAAGUUUGACACACUAUGUGAUCUAUAUGACACUCUGACCAUCACACAGGCUGUCAUCUUCUGUAACACCAAAAGAAAGGUGGACUGGCUGACUGAGAAAAUGAGAGAAGCCAACUUCACUGUGUCUUCAAUGCACGGAGAUAUGCCUCAGAAAGAGCGAGAGUCCAUCAUGAAAGAGUUCAGAUCUGGAGCAAGCCGAGUCCUCAUUUCGACAGAUGUUUGGGCCAGGGGAUUGGAUGUUCCUCAAGUGUCGCUGAUCAUCAACUAUGACCUGCCAAACAACAGAGAAUUGUACAUCCACAGAAUUGGGCGAUCAGGUCGUUACGGUCGUAAAGGUGUUGCCAUCAACUUUGUCAAAAAUGAUGACAUCCGCAUCCUUCGAGAUAUUGAACAGUACUACUCUACACAGAUUGAUGAAAUGCCCAUGAAUGUGGCUGAUUUGAUCUGAAGGAAGUAAAGAAGACUUGAAGAGGAGUGGAUUUUUUAUAUAUACAUUUAGUAAAUUACAUUUUUGUUAGUUUUCAUGUGGGAUGCCCCUUUACAAACUCCUAAUGGCUUUUGUGUUCCCCUCUUUAUUCAUUAAACCAGUACCCUUUUUGUAAA